UCGGCCGCACGCGCCUCCGCGAAAGCUUUCGUUCCUCGUACACAAUGAGCUGGGACCAGGAGCACGACCGGCCAUGCGACAAGCUGGAAAUUAAUGAAGCUGUCGGAAAACUGCUGCGGAAUUUCAAUUAUGAAAACAUCAUUCCACAGCCUUCCAAAGGCGGCGGCUGCAUGCGGCGCGCGCACGUGAAGCGGCCUAUGAAUGCCUUCAUGGUGUUCGCUCAGGCCAUGCGCAGGCGCCUCUCCGAGCAGCGGCCGGCGCUGCACAAUGCAGAGCUCAGCAAGUCGCUUGGCAGCAUGUGGAAAGGUCUGAGUGAAGAGCAAAAACUGCCGUUCAUCAAAGAAGCAGACAAACUGCGCACUCAGCAUAAACGGGAGUACCCUGACUAUAAGUACCAGCCGCGGCGCCGUAAGCCGCCUCCUACCAGCACCCGGUUGAAACGGGAGCCCUCUCCUGACAGAGACCAGAUUGACUUCGCUGGCAUGCCGGAGAUCUCACCAGCUCUACUGCCGGACGGGCCGCCAGAUGGCGCAGAACUCGACCAGUACUUAAAACCAGGCAAUAUGCCCGAAUACCACGAACUUCAAAACAGAUACUCUGCGCACAGCUUAGCUCAUCACGGCCCACCACCAAUCUACGCACCAAUACCCCCACAUCUUCACCCUUCGUGUGCAGACUGGCAAAACUAUCCAGGACAACCGUAAAGUGUUUCGUAGUGUUGUGUAAUUCCCCGAUCUAGUGAUAAAAAAAUAAAAACUUUAUCGUCGCGAGUAUGACGAACGAGCAUAGCUUUUUUGUGAGCUUUUAAAUUAGGUCACGCAAAUAGGUAUAGUUAUAUUGUAUAAUAUAUCACAUACCGCCAGUCGGAACGAUGCGCACGUGCGUGUAAUCAUGAACAAACAUUUGCCAUAAAAUUAUUAAUACAUCGUAGACUUCAGCAAUGCGUUCCUCCUGGCUUGUAAUUAUUUGUUAAGUUACAUUCGUUUAAUAAAACACGACCAUUCUGAAUUAGAUGGCUACAAAUCUCCAAAAGCGAAUGACAGAUUACUCAUACCUACUACUUAACUAAUUACACAAUUUAAUCGGUCCAUCUACAAGAAAACGGCCAUGCAUGUGAAAUAUUAUAUUAUUUUUAAAAUCUCUAUGAAUUAUUCUUGUGAUUCAUGUCUAAUAUAAUUUUUAAACUCCAUGGAAUCCAAAGUUAAUUAAGAAUUAUGUUACUAAAAUGUAAACAAUGGUUGCAAUUCCUUGAAUCUUAUAAAUUACUAGUCACUUAUUAGAUUUUGCACUAAACUAUGAAAAGUCAUCAUCAUAAAAAUAAUUUAAUAAAUAAUAAAACAUGAUAAAGGAACGUUAUUUAUAUUGGAUAAAACCAAACUAAUUAAUUGAAAUAUUCUAUAAAAUAAACUAAAAAUGAUUAUUAUGUUAGAGAAUUGCCACCAUUGAUUUAAAUUGAAGUUUAUGGAUGAUCUAGUUGAUAAGAUAUAAGUUAAAGAAUUAUUCAUUAGGUUUAAAUUAUAAGAAACUCGUAAUUUUAAAGUUAAAUCGGGAAACAAGACAAAUCCUUGUUUUCAUUAAGCUUUGUUUAGCCUAAUAUUUUAAUCAAAAUUUAAGUUACAUUACUUAGGGACUAUUUUAUUUGUAAAUAUAUUUGUACACUACCUAGGUACAUCACUAUUACUUAAGACAAUGCAGACUACAAAUGGUUGAUAAAUUAUUUUGUUGGAAAUACUUAAUGUUUUGCUUUAUUUAAAAAUAAAUAUUUUAC